AUGGAACCGCCAACAAAGAAGCAAAAAUUUAAUAGAUUAAUCUCAACUUUAACUAUUGCUAAUAAUCCACAUCCAUUAAAUGUUAAGCCAAGUGGGAAUCAAUAUAUAGUUGAUGAUAAUGAGUUGAUACUAAAAAGAAAAAACUUAUUAGGUUCAUUUUGGGUUCUACCUAACGAUUUAAUUUUGAAAAUUAUUUCUUACAUUGAUGAUAUACAGACGUUGAUUAAUUUAUCACAAACUAGUAGAAUAUUUUAUGCAUUGCUAUACGAUGAAGAGAAAUGGAAACAAAUAUAUAUAAAAAAUGCAGAAAAAUUUGAUAAUUUAUCAUGGCUAGGUUCAUGGAAACAAACAGUUACAAGAAUUACCAAUCCUGCAAAUUUGAAAUUACCUAACAAUUUGUUAUGUUGUGAUGAGAUAUAUAGACCUUAUCAGUGCUCACAAAUAAAUUAUGAAGAAAUUUUCAUAAACGUACUAAAAGAAGAGGAAUUAAAUAGUUUGGAUUGUAAUAGUUCUGUUGCAAGUGGAGGAAUUCCAAGAUUUUAUGAAGACAAUUUUGGGGUAGAAGAAUUUGAGAAAUAUGUUGAUACACCAUUUAUACUAAAAAGCAAAGAUUCAAAGAGGUGGCCAAAUUGGACGUUUGAAUCUCUCCUAAAAAGAUUUCCUGAUGUAAAAUUUCGACAAGAAUCUUGUUUAUGGGAUUUAACUAAAUAUUCACAAUACUUGAAAUCAAAUAAAGAUGAAUGUCCCUUAUACCUUUUUGAUUGUAGUAGUGAAGCAAUGAAAACAUUACGUAAAGAAUAUACUACCCCCAAAAUAUUUGAUACUGAUAUCUUCAAGUUGUUUCAAGAUUAUAGACCAGAUCAUGCUUGGUUAAUCAUGGGUUCUAAAAGAUCAGGCUCAACGUUCCAUAAGGAUCCAAAUUCAACAUCUGCAUGGAAUGUUUCAAUCCAGGGAAGAAAAUUAUGGAUUAUGUUACCACCAACCACGACCCCACCAGGAGUUUCAACAGAUGAUGAUGAAAGUGAAGUUACAUCACCAAUAAGUAUAGCAGAGUGGGUCAUUUCGGGGUUUUAUAACGAUUCAACAAGACUAGAUGAUGUGAAAAUUGGUAUUUCUUUCCCAGGUGAAUGUAUGUAUGUACCACUGGGUUGGUGGCAUAGUGUGAUAAAUAUUGAUGAUUCUAUAGCAAUUACUCAAAAUUUUGUUCCACCAAUAAAAUUAUCACAAGUUUUAAAUUUCUUAAAAAAUAAACCAAAUCAAAUUUCUGGAUUUACUUUAAAUGAUGUUAAAAAUUUAAUUAGCCAAGUAAAAUUAGAUAUUAGUUUAAAUUAUGAAGUUGAUUUGAAUGAAGAUUGUGGAGAACUAACUGUAAAUUUACCAAUAUUUGAAAUUUUACAAAAGUUAUUGGUCGAUAAUGGUCAAAAUGAAUUAUUAAAUGAUGCUUUGUUAAAAGUUACAAAAUUAGAAGCAAAACAACAUUGCAAUGAUUCUGGUAAAAGUAAGAAAUGGGAAAAUUUAACUGAAAAUACUGGGUUUUCAUUUGGAUUUGAUAUAGAAUAA